UGAAUCUGAAUCGUAGGAAGCCAAACGUUUCAGCUUUUUAUCGAGAGAAUAAAACGACCCUUGUGACCCAGUAACGAGAAGAGAGUGAGCGGUGCGUUAGCAUUUUGUUGCCAUUUCGCAGAUGAUCCCUAACAUUUGUAAGGUACGCAUGUCUAUGACAUCCUCGCAGCUUGUCACUUCCACACUCCUAAAUCGAUAAGGAUAAUCACAGUCCUGGUUGACACAUAUCGGCGACAUAUCUGACUAAAACUUUGGGAAUCGUUGAACCUGUGCCGUUUCUAAAUCAGCUGGACAAUUACGCGUGGAAUAACGUAUCCAUUUUCAAAUUGAUGGUGGGGAGCAUCGUUGAUUCUACAUACCAUGGACUAAUGGGAAACCGGCGAGGCUGUUAGUGUGGCUGGUAGUAGACGCAUGACCUGAGCCAUGCCGCCGGGGGUCUGCUACGGCAUGCAGGAUGUGUGGGAGAAAGGAGGUCGUGAGCAGGUCACACUGGAGUUCCUCCUCCCCACGGGUAUCUACCUCAGUUUUCCCGUCGCUCGCAAUGACACCAUCGGCACGAUUAAAAAGAUGGUGUGGAAGAACGCACGGAGUGAGCCUCUGUUCAGCGUCCUGAGUGACCCCGAUGCCUACGUGUUCACCUGUAUCAACCUGACGGCAGAGCGCGAGGAGCUGGAGGAUGAGUCGCGGCGUCUGUGUGAUGUCCGGCCCUUUAUGCCCGUGCUGAGGCUGGUGGCCCGCGAGGGGGACCGUGUCGAGAAACUCAUCAACACCCAGAUCAGCCUGCUGAUUGGGAAAGGUCUGCACGAAUUUGACACUCAGAAGAAUCACGAGGUUAAUGAGUUCAGAGCUAAAAUGCGCUCCUUCUGUGAGGAAAACGCUCAAGACCGGCAGCGGUUGCCAUGGCACCAGUGGAUGAAGUGCAACUUUCCCUGUGACUUGGAGCCCUUCUCCAUGGUUGUGCAAAGUGGGAAAUCUUGCAGUGUUAAAAAACUCCUUGUCAAUGUCAAGUUCGAGGCCAGUGAGGAGAGCUUCAUGCUGCAGCUGGACCCUCAGGAUUUUCCCGUGGUCCUGAUGCAGAAUGCACUCCGGAAGAAAGCCACAGUCUUCCGACCACUGAAGCAGGAGAAACCCGAGAACUACACCCUGCAGGUCAACGGGCGAUGGCAGUUCAUCUACGGGAACUCCCCACUGUGCCAGUUUAAAUACAUUUUCUCAUGUUUGUAUGGAGGCAUUAAGCCGCAUUUGACCAUGGUGCAUCACUCCACUAUUAUCAAGUACCAGGAGGAGCAGGGUGGCCUGAGUAACCAAGUCUCAAAGAGCCGCAGUCUAUCGAAACCGCCGCCGCUGCCUCUGAAAAAGCAAAACACAUCAUCGUUGUGGUCCAUCAAGGAGCCGUUCUUCAUCCAGCUGGUGCACGGCACUCGGGUCAACACAGACGAGGGCAUGAAGCUGGUGGUGCAGGCAGGACUCUUCCAUGGCGGUGAGCUCCUCUGCAAGGUAGUGACCAGCAGCGAGGUCAGCGUGUGCUCUGACCCCGUGUGGGACCAGAAGCUCGUGUUUGACAUCAACCUGUGCGACCUCCCGCGCAUGAGCCGCCUCUGCUUCACCCUCUACGGUGUUCUCGAGAAGACCAAGAAACAGCGUUCCACCAAGAAGAAGAACAAAAAGGCUGACUGCCCUCUGGCCUGGGUGAACACGAUGGUGUUUGACUACAAGGACCAGCUGAAGACAGGGGAGUUCUUGUUGUCCACCUGGCCUUCGGCUCCAGAUGAUAAAGGGGACCUGCUGAAUCCUAUGGGCACAGUGGAGAGGAACCCCAACAUUGACAGCACAGCCGGACUCCUCAUCCGCUUCCCCAGUUUCAGACCGCAUCCCCUCUACUACCCCCCCCUUGAAAAAUUGAACGACCCUGAAAUAAAUGGCAAGAAGGUUGUUGCUACGAAAGAGGAGCACCUGAAACUGAAAGAGAUAGUGGACAAUAAAAACCACACUGAGUUCUUUGAGCAUGAGAAAGAACUGCUGUGGAAGCUACGCUUGGACGUGAGAGCUCACUACCCAGAGAGCCUCUCAAAACUCCUUCUCAUCACCAAGUGGAAUAAACACGAGGACGUAGCCCAGAUGGUAUGUCUGCUGCGUACGUGGCGGGACCUGCCGCCACUACAUGCCCUCGAGCUGCUGGACUACACCUUCCCUGACCCCCACGUCCGCUCCUUCACCAUCCGCUGCCUCAAGAAGCUGGGCGAUGAAGAGCUUUUUCAGUACCUUCUGCAGUUGGUGCAGGUUCUAAAAUAUGAAUCAUACCUUGACUGUGACUUGACCACUUUCCUCUUGGAGAGAGCUCUGUCCAACAAGAAGAUAGGCCACUUCUUGUUUUGGCAUCUCAGGUCUGAAAUGCACGUGGCCUCUGUCAGUCUGAGGUUUGGACUCAUCCUGGAAGCCUACUGCAGGGGAAGCAUCUACCACAUAAAAAGCCUAAUGAAACAGAUUGAGGCACUGAAUAAAAUGAAGGCUCUGAAUGACUUUGUAAAGUCAGGCAGCCAGAAGUCUGCCUCCAGACUGCAGAUCACAGAGGACAUGAAGUUGUGUAUAAAGCAGGACACGUACAUGGAGGCACUGUCUGAUGUCAUCUCCCCACUCAGUCCCAGUAUCGUCCUCUCUGAAAUCUGCCCAGACAGAUGCAAGUUCAUGGACUCUAAGAUGAAGCCCCUCUGGCUAAUGUACAAGAACAAAUGGGACCACUUAGACACUGUGGGUAUCAUCUUCAAGAACGGAGAUGAUCUGAGGCAGGAUAUGUUAACCCUUCAAAUGAUACAACUAAUGGAUGUCUUAUGGAAGACAGAAGGCUUGGACCUCAGAAUGGUCCCAUACGGCUGCCUGUCCACGGGGAACAAGACGGGCCUGAUCGAGGUGGUGAAGAACGCGGACACAAUCGCCAACAUCCAGAGAAACAGCAGCAACAAUGCUGCCACUGCCGCCUUCAACAAAGAUGCGCUUCUCAACUGGCUCAAGUCCAAGAACCCCGAGGAUAAACUGGAUCAGGCUAUUGAGGAGUUUACACUGUCCUGUGCGGGCUACUGUGUAGCUACAUAUGUCCUGGGAAUUGGAGAUCGCCAUAGUGACAACAUCAUGAUCAGGGAGAAUGGCCAGUUAUUCCAUAUAGACUUUGGGCAUUUUCUGGGGAAUUUCAAGGCAAAGUUUGGAAUCAACAGAGAACGUGUGCCAUUCAUCCUGACAUACGACUUUGUCCACGUGAUUCAGCAGGGACGGACCAACAACAGUGAGAAGUUUGAACGAUUCCGUGAAUGCUGUGAACAAGCAUAUAAGAUCCUGUGUAGGAAUGGAACUCUGUUUGUGAACCUGUUUGCCUUGAUGAGAGCUGCAGGACUUCCUGAGCUCAGUUGCUCCAAAGACAUUCAGUACCUAAAGGACUCUUUAGCUCUAGGCAGAUCUGAGGAGGAGGCUCUGAAGAACUUUAAAGUGAAGUUCAAUGAAGCUCUGAGGGAGAGCUGGAAGACCAAAGUAAACUGGAUGAUGCACACUGUUGCCAAGGACAACAGAUGAGCACUGGCAUAUUCAGGAGAAGCUUCUGUGAACCAGGUUCCCCCUAGGAGUCAUUUCUAAACCACGACUUGAACUGCUGGUGUUUCUUGAGGAGUGGAAAUUGUUCUGAAUCUAAUAAUUUACUAUGAAAUGUAUUAAAUAUUUAAAAAAUAUAUUAAACAAUGAUCUAAAACUAAACCAAGCCAUAAACUCAACAAAUGUAAUCAUUGGCUUCCCUCUAAUUUAACUUAAUUUAACUGUCUCUGACCCAAUGCUUAAUAACUAUGCCAGGCACUGAUGAAUACUCUGAAAUAGUGUGAUCUGAAAGGGAAUAUGUAUUUAUAUUUUUAAGGUGUACAGUAUGGAUUGACUACCAGUCAGGAGAAGGAAACACUUGUUCAGUGUUUCAUAGAGUUUACAUUAAUUUUUUAAACUCUUUUAACUUUAUUUGUACUUGAAUAUUUCAGCUGUAAAUAUUACUUUUGUGUUGUAUUUGGUAUUUAAAAUUUUGAGCAGAUUAUGUCUAAUAACAUGUACAACUGAAGAUUUUUCUUAAUUGUGUUUUUUAUGCUUUUUAUUUGUUGGAAAAUCCUGACCAAUGGAAUGAAAUGUAUGGCAUUUAUUAGGAGCUAAACACUUUUGCUGGCAUGUGCUUUGCCAUGCUGUACUGGGUAUAUGUGCACUCCAUGAAGACAGAUCAGUUGAAUUGAUCUACCUCUAUGAUAAACUUCAGGACAAGGUGCGAGAUAGUAUGCUAACCACUUAGAGAUUAAUUGAACACUUGCACUUAUAAUCAAUAUGUGCCUAUGUUCAAAAGUAACUACAUACACACAUUUUAGUUACUGGUGUUUUAGAAUUGGUGUAAAAUAGAUGUCCUGGUCCCUCUUUCAAUAUUUAAGUGCAAAUGUGUAUAUUUGAUAUGUUUAUUGUAAAUCUGGCUUUUCUGAUGGUUCAGAAAAUACCAUGUACUAUAUGUCGGGAGGGAAUUGGUGAUUGAAAGGAAUACCAAUGUUUGUCAGUGUUUCUCUUAUAUGCUUAUGUUAGAACAUUUUAGUUUGGUUAGGCAAGGAGAGCAAAUGAUCUAAAGCUGGGAUUUGGGAUGAGGCACAUACCACUGUCUAAUUAUCUAAUCAUCAUGACUCCUAUAAACAGCAUCAGUUUCUUUGUAUUAAAAAGUAUAGUAAUAAACAUUGAGAGAAUGUAACAUUUUCAUAAAGUCGUACUUGUUACGUAAGUGAAGCCUGAGUAGCAAUUACAGUACCCUUAGUUUUUUAUUUAUUUAUUUUUCUUAGAAAACAAGGGGCAGAAGAAGUGUGCAACUGGAAUUUGUAUGUGCCUAAUAUUUGUUUGUUUUCAAAAAUGAACGAGCCAUUCUCUGUGCAAUCCUUGUGUGCAAGGUGUUGCUAAAUAAUCAAUGCAGUUUGUUAAAUAAAUGCUUUGAAUGCCAUACAGGAA